AUGUCGAUUUUGUUGGAACCGCGUAUUCCCCAAACUGGUUCUGAACGCAAGAGAAAGGCAUUGGUCAAUCGUAAAGUUCAACGUGGCGAUUCUCAAGCUACUCGGGUCGAUCCUCCGGCCAAUCGUACACGUUUACCUGAGGAUCCACCGCUCACAUCGACCACCGAAGUUGGUGGAUCUAGUAGCCAAUUGGCUGGUCCCAGAGGACCACAAAUACCAGACUUGAUGCCGCAGUUUGAGAAUCAUAUCGCCCGACAGAUUUUGUCCGGAAAGGAGCGCGAAAGUGUGAGGGUUCAUAAUCACACAACAAUGUUGGAGAAGUGGCGGAUGACUCCUUUUAUGACCGAGGUUGUCGAGAGGUCCGGUUUGAUGCCCCUUGUACGUCAUUCGUACAAGGUGAUAGAUAGUGCAUUGGUGUUGACUUUCAUAGAGCGGUGGCAACCAGCAACUUGUACGUUUCAUUUACCAUUUGGGGAGAUGACUAUCACGCUAGACGAUGUCAGCAGCUUGAUAGGUUUGCCAGUGGUGGGACGGCCGGUAUUUAUUCAACAAAUUAGUAAGACGGGGCCAUCGUCACAAGCAAUCGUAAAUCGAAUUCUCGGAGUAGUGCUUGAAUCGACGGAUAAAUGUUGGGGUCAAAAUCUGAAGGCGCUUAAGUUGGAGUGGUUGCGUAGUACUUUCAGUUCUGUGACAGAUAGUGAUGAUGAGAAUAAAAAGACGUGUGCGACAAGGGCAUUUUUGUUGUACGUAUUGUCAUGUACGAUAUUCCAGGACAAGACGGGGAAUAUGGGUACACUGCAGUUGUUGUGUUUGUUAGAAGAUUUGGACAAUAUUAGGACUUACGCAUGGGGUACAGUUUGUUUGUGUCUACUCUAUGAGGCGUUGUCGGAUGCUUCAAGGGCUAAUACGAAGCAAAUCAGUGGAUAUUUGAUGCUUCUUCAGGGUUGGAUUUACGCAUUUCCCCCGUCUCACACCGACGAUGAUCUGAGCUCCGAUGAGAUUAUAUGGGCCCCGUAUGAGGUCCUCCGUGACAGGUUUCCUAUGCCAGAGUCCACGUGGUUUAGUGGCAUGUUACAGUACAUGUGUACUUUGGAGCCUUACCAUCCGGACAGGGUCUUGAGACAAUUUGGGCGUGUUUAG